AUGUCAUCACUGACCAAUUUAUUUUCGUUGCCUAACGAAUUAUUUCUGUCGGAUAUCUUUACUCAUGUUGAUUCGGUUGAUUUAAUCAAACUGUUCAACUCAAUAGAAAACCGACGAUUGAAAUGUUUAGUUUGGGCGUCAUUGCAGACAAGAAUGUCCAUCGAUCUGGCCCGAGUGGAACUAAGUAAUCAAUGGCUCACANUGAGUUCAUUCGUGAAGAAAAUGUCAUCACUGACCAAUUUAUUUUCGUUGCCUAACGAAUUAUUUCUGUCGGAUAUCUUUACUCAUGUUGAUUCGGUUGAUUUAAUCAAACUGUUCAACUCAAUAGAAAACCGACGAUUGAAAUGUUUAGUUUGGGCGUCAUUGCAGACAAGAAUGUCCAUCGAUCUGGCCCGAGUGGAACUAAGUAAUCAAUGGCUCACAUCCAAUCUGUCGUUUCUUCCAUCUGGUAAUCAAACUAUUGCUGUUCGAAUCGACAAUGCUCAGUUGAAUGAAACAUUAGCGGCUGUCUUAGUCAAAGUAUUCCCAAAACUGACUCGUGUGGAAGUGAUUAUGUUACAGGAGCGACCACAAAAGGAAUUCUUUUCAAUUUUAUCGCGAAUGAAUCUUGACUCUUUGACAUUGUCAUCAAUCUCAAAUGAUCAGAAUGAAAUGUUGAUCUACGUGUGUAAUUCACAGUGCACGCUUCGCUGUUUAACUAUCACCGAAGACAACAACCCUAUUCAUACACCAUUGGAAGAGUUAUUUUAUCAUUACAAUUAUCGUUUGACAUGUUUAUCAGUAGCUGUGAUUGAUCUAGGUGUAGCUGCGUCACUGUUGUGUCAUGUUCCUGUUCUUGAAAAGCUUGUACUACGAUUACCUCAGCGUCGUCGAUGUACAGCAGGACAUCCUCGUGAAUAUCUAUUAUUGCGUCUCGAGCAUACACACGCAUCACCUCAUCGUUCUAUGAUUUUGAAAAUGACUCCACAAGCACUCGAACGUGAACUUCUUGAACAAUUACCUCGUCUGACACGAUUAGAUUUUUGUAUCCAUACAGGACCCACUUAUCCUCAUGAGAGCGAUGCAAGACGUUUGUUUGAUCAGUGGUCAGUCAACCAACGGCACGUUAUAUCUAUCUACCAUAGUCCAGAUUUUCAUUCGAAUCUGCCGAUGGCUGAUGAUUCUCUUCGAUUGCCAACUGUACGUCACAUUUCUUUUCUGUGUUCCGCAAGAAAAAUUUUGACUAACACGUUGCUCGAGAAAAUUCAUCAUACUUGUCCGCGAGUUCAUUCAAUCCAUUUGAUCAAUGCUGGACCACCACUCUGCCUGAGUAUUACACUUGCAAAGAUUGAUGUAUUACCUUCAUUUACUUUCCAAAUGGUUACUCAACUCAAGAUUGAUCAUAGUUCAACAUCUUUGCCGACUCUUCGUCGAAUGUUCGAAUUAUUUCCUCGUGUCGAAUAUCUUGUCGUAUCCCACAAGUUUGUUGAAUCCUGGCGCAUUGUGCAGCCACUAUGUGAGUUACCAAAGAGUGUUCGUCGCUUUACUGUUCAACUGAAAUAUGACAAAGACCGAACAAACAUUGAUCAAUGGCAAACAUGGUUGCCCUUCUCUGUCGAACUUCACUCGUAUAUCUCGAAGAAUUAA